ACUGCGUCAUCACAAAGCGCCGUUGCUUUACGGCAAAGGAAAAUAACGACAAGUAGAAUAAUGUUCUGUAAAGAGGAUUAAUGUAAUAAAACCACGAAUUUUCGACAAAAGUGAGUCAUGUCUCCGUCAGAUAACGCUGUGAAUCCAGAGGAGCGCCAGCUCCGUCUACAGGAACUACAGGAAUUCACCGGAAACUGUCGCAAACAGUUAGAGAAGGUUUUUGAAACAUUAGGAUGGAAUCUUCUACACACACAGGAAUUCAUGAAACCGUGUCCAUACGAUGGCGGCCACAGAGUCUCAUUUAAGAACAUGGAGAAGCACAAGAUCUGCUGUGGCCUCAAGAAGAUGGGGUACUCAGCAGAGGAACAGGCAGAAAUGGUCGAUCCUUCAGUCUGUUACCAGAACAGCAGAGUCAGAAGCUUCAUCCUGGAUAAGUCAGCACAGCAGCAGGUGAUUCUUCAGGCUCGAUCUGCUGCUCCCAUGAUGAAGAUGGAAGGAGUUUUCUGGCAGGGUCAGUUCUCCAGCCAAUCAGUGGAUGUUCCUCAGAACCACAAGAGGGCUGUGUGUGACCUCACUGUGGCUGACCGCUUGGCUCUUUAUAAUCAUGUGAUCAAUGUGCUCAGCCAGAAGAAGGAGGCCCCUAGCUCCAGCAAUGAUGAUCUCUAUGUAGAUCUUGUGUCCAAACUCAAGAAAGCUGAGGAAGAGAAGGAGCCAAAGACUCACCUGGAACUGAUGGCAGAGAUGAGGGACUACAAACGUCGUCGUCAGUCGUACCGAGCCAAGAACGUUCACAUCACUAAGAAGUCGUACACUGAGGUGAUCAGGGAGGUGAUCAACGUCCACUCAGAGGAGCUGUCCAGACAGUGGAGAGAGGAGGAGAAGGAGGAGGACUCAACACCGUCUGAACCAUCCUCCCACAGACGUAGGUGUAAAAGAAGAUCAUCAUCACCCGAGUCAGAAGUUAGUCAUCGACGAUUCUGUCACAACCGAGAAGGAAGUAAGGACAGAGAGAGGAGGAAGAAGAGGAAGAAGAGAGACAGAGAUUCCUGUUCUCCCAGUGACCCCCACCGGGACGUAAAGAGGAAGAAGAAGAAGAAGAAAAAGGAGAAGGAGAAAAAAGGGGAGGGGGAGACCGAGAUGAAAGAGGAGGACGAGGAGAACUGAUGAAAGUCAAAAAUGGUUUGAUUAAUGGUUGUGAAUAAAAGUUACUGAAAAUUUA